UAAAAUUUUUAUUCAAGAAAAUAAACUUCUGGCCCUAAAAACACAUUUUUUUUUUUUGUUAAUUUUUGUUUUUCUUUUCAUUUUUGUGCUCUGGACCAAAUUGAGUUUUUAUUUCGUUGCACCAAAACAUUCUUUUUUUUAUAUAAAUUAAAAUAUCAUGUGUGAUCAACAAAUUAUGUACGAAGUUCCGGAAGAAAAUGUGAUGGGCGAAACACACCACGGUGACUAUUUCCAGGAUCCAGUUAAUACUGCCUGCUCUCCACGAAAUUGCCCUAUAAUGCCUUGUGAUGUACCAACGUCUUUUGAACCAUGUCAUCAAGAUACAGCAAAAACUUGUGACUGUUCAUGUGAUAUGGAUUGUUGUUAUGAACAGCCACCACGCCAACCUAUGUGCAAGCCCCAAGUCAGUUAUGUUCGACCAACUCAACCAAUUGAAACAAAUACUAUUUAUAAGUGCUCAUAUGUUGGAAACCAAGGCUACCAACGAGCUGUCCCAAUUCAAGUUCAAGAUAGUAUCAAACCAUUUCAAGGUCGAAUGGAUGGAAACACCGUUCAAAAGCUUUCAUUUCAACCCCAUUGUGAGGCAAAACGUGCCCAUCCUAUAUUACCCAAAUCAAAUACCCAACGAUUUGAUGGACCGUUUUAUGAUAUGACGAGCCAAAAACACGACUUUGUUCCAAAAUGUUAUAGUAAGAGAGAGCCUUUAAGGGUUGCCGAUGGAAUUUUAAAAUUCUGUGCACCAUUAGAAAAAUGCACUGUUAACAAACUAUCCUACAUGCCAUACGACAUUUGUAACAAUCCUCCACCAAAACCUAUGAUUCAGAGAGGGAGUUAUAUUCGACCAGACGCUCCGGGUGAGCGCUGUACAGUUCAGAAAUUGAGUUACUUGCCAGUUCCUUUGCCUGCAAAAGAAGAUAUGCCUUGGGCCAAGAGAAUUCGUAUCGAACCACCUCGUAGUGGUUCACUUUGUACUACAUACAAACUAAGUUUUAUUCCAAAUUGCAAUGUUCAAAGAAUUCCAGGACUUGCUCCGGCACAAGGUAUACAAAUAUUCGGUUCAGAAAUGCCUGAUAAAAACACAGUUUAUAAGUUGAGUUAUUUGAAAUCAUGCGGGACUAAACCAGAUCCAAUUAUGCCCAGACCUGGAAUACAGAUACCUUCUGGAGGAAUGGAAAAGUGUACGGUUUAUAAAUUAUCGUACCAACCACAGAAUUGCUCCGAACGUGCUAAACCUAUUCGACCAAGAGGAAAUGUUUGCAAGUCAAAUGCUCCAAUUCAAGAUAUUACAACUCAAAAGCAUGACUUUGUUCCAAAACCAAAUUGUCGACGUGGUCUUAUUAUUCCACCGACAUCCAUGUCUACACCUAGUUGUCCGAUGGAAAAAUGCACCAUUAACAAAUUAUCAUAUUUGCCACAAAAAAUUUCCGUUAAAAGUGGCCCUAUUUUACCAAGACCUGGGUUGUGUAAAAACGAUGGUCCAAUGGCAAAAUGUACAACAUACAAGCUGAGCUAUAUGCCUGUUGCAAUACCUCCUAAGGAGGUACUGCCAUGGGCAAGGCAAUCGUCGUGUGUUCGUCCGACUGCACCGAUUCAGAGUUGCACAAUUCAAAAACUUAGCUAUGGAGCACCUGGGAAAUUUUUGCGAAAAGGAAACUGUGUUCAAAGAUUUCCUUCUCUUAUACAACCGAGUAACCGAAUUGUGUUUCACAAGUUGUGUGGACAAUUUUUUUACAAGAAAUCUUGGUAUCAACGAGACAGAAUGUGUUGACAAAUGUGUAACAAAAUUUGCUCGCUUUAAUCAAUCUAUGAUGAGCGUUUAUGUUGAAGUACAAAGCGAUAUCAAUACACGACGAAAUCAAGAGUUGGAAGCUGCGGCUGCCAAGCAGCAAGCUGAAGCUGCAGCUGUUUCACCAAUUUCAAUUGAAAGUCUAAUAACUGAUAAUACCAAAGGCAAUCUUAUGAACGAGGCUGUUUAGUUAAGCAUUUUAUUUUGUCCAAUUAUUUAUUAAGAAUUUAAGUUUUUUUUUUAA